CGACGACGACGACGACGAUGCCGAGGACAUCGCUACGAUGAAUGCCCUCAACUCGAAGACCCAGUCGACGAAGAAAGGUCCCGUUGUUCUCGGCGCUGUACCAACGAAGGUGGCCAACACAAGAGCGGGUCUUUUCGAGCCUUGGAAGCAUAUGGUGUUUAGUCGGUCGGUCCGGGACUUCAACAAAGCGAAGACUAUAUUGAAUCGUCAGUUUUCGACGACUCAAUCACGAAUCGUCAAUCACAUCAACAAGGACCUGCUUCUAUACAAAGAACAGUGGGCGGGCUGUUAUACGAAGAUGUAAAUGAAUGCGGGCGUGCGAACCACAUCGCCGAAUGAAUCCAACAACGGCUCGGUAAAGUCGGAAGGCCUGUCGGGUCGGUCGGGCCUCAUCGAGGUCCUUGAGGCUGUAGAUCGGCAUGUUACCUACCGCUACGAUGUCUACAAAGAGGCAACAGCUAAGUCGUCAAGCUCGGUGCCAAAGGCAUACCUUUUGAAGAAGUGGCUUGGUCCCUGCCUUAUGCAGUUAACUCGGUGGGCUCUAGAUCUCCUUGUCGAACAACAUAGGAAGAUUACUUUCCCUACCGCUACAACGCCCGGCCGACCUCUUCCUCCCUGCACCGGAAGAUUCGGUAGUCAGUACGGCUUGCCCUGCGCGCAUACGAUGCUCGAAAGAUACAAUGAUGAUCACGAAGACAGUGUUUUGGUUGACCCACUUGACUGCGACCGCACCUGGCAUCUCAAAAAGCACAGAGACGCGGAAGAUAAGUAUCCACGGAUCGAAAAGCCCGACAAAGCGAUGCCGAAAGGUCACCCUGUCAAUCAGGGCGGUCCUUUUGAAAAUGAAGCCAUCCUCCCGGAGCCACCGGCGCCGAAGACGAAGACAGCAGCCCGGAGCGGCACGAUUCGCCGGGACGCGCGGCGUUACUAUUCACAGUUCGAGGUAGCCGGGCCGAGCCUAGAAGAGCGGGAUGAACAAGAUGAACAGGAUGAAGAAGACAUGGAGAUUGAGUCGGACUGCAUCGUCGUCGGCGCAGGGACAAAGAGAAAGGCAACAACACAACAGAGGAAGAAAGGGAAGAAAAGAAAGACAACGAAGAAGACGAGCAAGCCUGUCAAGGACAAGGCGAGCCGCCCGGGCCGGGCCAAGACCCACCUCUAUGACAUAAAGGUAAAAGAGUGGUGGGACCGCAGGGCUCAACGCAGGAGCUCGUGGGAGGUUUCAAACACUGAUGAAGACGUAUUCUUCGAUUCCUUGGAUGAAGAUGACCCUUUUCCUCGUAAGGAGGACUUCAUAGAUAACUAGGUUGCUAGAUUGACGGGCUCAACACCAAGGAAUUGCAUCACCAUAACAAACUAGGUUAUCAUUAGACUAGAUUGCUAGACUCAACACCAAGGAAUUACAUCACCAUGUCAACAAAUCAG